CCGGUCAGCUGGUUUAGCUUCUCCCAGCAUGAAGAGAAAAGCAGACACCCGCUGAGCUCACAGGAUCAAUAAUUUGGCUGCCGGGCAGAGGAUGGCCUGUUGGAAGAACAGUAUCACUCUGCUGGUUCUGCUGCUUCUGGUUGAGUCUGGGCGAAUGGCUCGACAUCGUAGCUUGAGACGUUUAACUCGAGGGCACCACGAGCGCCGGCCGCAGCAGAACAUCAUGCUGGCCGUCAUUUUACCGCAGAGUAACACGGACUAUCCGUGGGCGUGGCCUCGCAUCGGCCCCGCCCUGGAGCGGGCCGUCAGAACUGUCAACGCCGACCCCACCCUACUGCCCGACCACCACCUCACCUACGCCUUCAAGAACAGCGAGGACAAGGACGGCAUCUGCUCCGAGUCAGUGGCACCGCUCAUGGCCGUGGACCUGAAGCUGGCCUACGACCCCUGGGCCUUCAUUGGGCCUGGCUGCUCCUACACCUCCUCCCCCGUUGGCCUCUUCACCACCCACUGGGACGUCCCCAUGGUUACAGCGGGCGCUCCGGCCGUGGCAUUCUACGGCAACAUCUACCCAUCCAUCACCAACACAGGCCCAACCCACAAGAAGCUGGGAAGGUUUGCCCUGCGGAUCUGCGAGCAGUUCGGUUGGCGGGAACACGUGAUCCUGAUGUUCAGCGACAACAAGGUGGACGACCGGCCGUGCUACUUCGCUGUGGAGGGAUUGUACACGGAACUGAAGAGCAUCAACAUCAGCCUGGUGGACCGAGUGUUCGAAGAGAACAAACCGCCCAUCAACUACUCGCAGAUCCUGUCCGAUAUUCAGAACGAUGGCCGUGUGAUGUUCGUCUGCUGCUCCCCCGACGUCUUCAGGAAGCUGAUGAUUCAGUUCCGGCGAGCAAACCUUCCUCAUGAGCAGUAUGUCUUCUUCUACAUCGAUGUGUUUGCUGAAAGCCUCAAUUCCAAAAACCAGCAGCCGUGGGCCCGCGGGGACGAGGAGGACGCCAUCGCCAAGGAGGCCUUUCAGAGCGUGAAGAUCCUGACGUACCGAGAGCCUCAGAACCCCGAGUAUCAGCAGUUUGUCUCCAAUCUGAAGAAAGACGCCAAGACCAUGUUCAACUACACCAUCGAGGACUCUCUGAUGAACAUCAUCGCCGGAGGGUUCUACGACGGUCUGAUGCUCUACACUCACGCUCUAAAUGAGACCAUGUCAGCGUCCGGUGGUCGUCCUCCGGGAAAAGUGGUGACAAAGCGGAUGUGGAACCGAACGUUCCAUGGUGUAACAGGGCUGCUGCACCUGGACGAGAACGGAGACAGAGAGACAGACUUUGCUCUAUGGGACAUGAUGGACACAAACAGCAGCACCUUUCAGAUGGUUCUGGUGUACAACAGCUCUGAGGAGCAACUGACCUCUGUACCUGGAACGUCUCUGCACUGGGUGGGCGGAGUCCGUCCACCUGACGUCCCCAUCUGUGGCUUCAAGAACGACAACCCAAUCUGCCUCGCAAGUCACUUCUCCACCUACAAAAUGGUGUCCAUCGUGAUCUUCUUCAUCCUCACCAUGACUCUGACCGUCACCGUCUUCAUCUACAGGAGAAUGAAGCUGGAGAAGGAGCUGGUUGCUCAGCUCUGGAGGAUUUUAUGGGACGACAUCCAGAUGAGCAACCUGGACAAAGUGCUGCGUAGCGGCAGCAGGAUCACACUGUCACUGAGAGGCUCAAACUACGGAUCUCUGAUGACCGGAGAUGGAAACCUGCAGGUGUUUGCAAAGACGGGAUACUACAAGGGAAAUAUUGUGGCCAUUAAAUACACCAACAGAAAACGCAUCGAGCUCAACAGAACGGUCCUGUUUGAACUUAAGCACAUGAGAGACGUUCAGAAUGAACACCUGACCAGGUUUAUUGGAGCAUGCAUCGACCCCCCUAACGUCUGCAUCAUCACAGAGUACUGCCCCCGAGGAAGUCUGCAGGAUAUCCUGGAGAACGACAGCAUCACUCUGGACUGGAUGUUCAAAUAUUCUCUCAUCAAUGACAUUGUCAAGGGCAUGGUGUUUCUCCACAACAGCGUCAUCUUCUCUCACGGUAAACUCAAGUCAUCAAAUUGUGUUGUUGACAACCGCUUCGUCCUGAAGAUCACCGAUUACGGUCUGUCCAGCUUCCAAUCUGACAGCGACUCAGGAAGCGAUGCUCACGCCUACUACGCCCAGAGGUUGUGGAUGGCUCCAGAGUUACUCCGGUUGGAGUCUCCUCCUCCUCAGGGAACCCAGAAAGGAGACGUCUACAGCUUCGGCAUCGUCCUCCAGGAGGUGGCGCUGCGACGAGGAGCUUUCUACCUGGAGGGAGAACCGCUGAGUCCCAAAGAGAUCGUGGACCGGGUGAUUCUGGGCGAGUGGCCCUGCCUGAGGCCCACCGUAGACCCACAGAGCCACAGUCCAGAGCUGGGCCAGCUGAUGCAGCGCUGCUGGGCCGAGGAGCCAACGGAGAGGCCAGAAUUCAACCACAUCCGGCUGCUGCUGCGCAAACAGAACAAGGAGUCGAGGACCAACAUCCUGGACAACCUUCUAUCCAGGAUGGAGCAGUACGCCAACAACCUGGAGGAGCUGGUGGAGGAACGGACGCAGGCCUACCACGAGGAGAAACGCAAGGCUGAGGCACUGCUCUACCAGAUCCUACCACACUCGGUAGCGGAGCAGCUGAAACGUGGAGAGACGGUUCAGGCCGAAGCCUUUGACUCGGUCACCAUCUACUUCAGCGACAUCGUGGGCUUCACUGCCAUCUCUGCAGAAAGUACUCCGAUGGAGGUGGUGACGCUGCUCAACGACCUCUACACCUGCUUCGACGCCAUCAUCGACAACUUCGACGUGUACAAGGUGGAGACCAUCGGCGACGCCUACAUGGUGGUUUCAGGGCUGCCGGUCAGGAACGGGAAACUGCACGGCAGAGAGAUCGCUCGGAUGGCGCUGGCUCUGCUGGACGCCGUCAGAACCUUCAGGAUCCGCCACCGGGCAGAGCAGCAGCUGAAGCUGAGGAUAGGAAUACACAGCGGUCCAGUGUGUGCAGGAGUUGUGGGUCUGAAGAUGCCUCGGUACUGUCUGUUUGGUGACACGGUCAACACGUCGUCACGUAUGGAGUCCACUGGAGAAGCGCUGAAGAUUCACGUGUCAGCGGCGACUCGCGACGUCCUGCUGGAGUUUAACUGCUUCCAGCUGGAGCUGAGAGGAAACAUCGACAUCAAGGGCAAAGGAAAGAUGACCACCUAUUGGCUGCUGGGAGAGAGCGACAGCCAAUGACAGCGCACCGCGGGCAAGAGGACCAAUGAGGAAGGACAUGAGCAAGUAAAUGAAAGACAAAGUUCAGGUAGGAAGGACUCUCCUGGACGUCUCAGGCCCCAUCGUCACCUCCUUCGUAUCUUUGAACAAAAACUCCGGAACUUGGAGGAAAGUUCCGAUACUUUCACCCCGUAUAAAAACACAACACUGUAAAAACUCUGCAGUGUGGAAGGAACGAACUGAAGCAAAGGAUGGAGGGAAACCCGAACAAAGGGCUGCAGCAUGAAGGACAAAAACAGCAGGACGCUUUAGAUUCUGUGUUGUAGCGACGUUCUUUUUUAUCUGGUCCAGUUUCAGCUGCAUUGCAAACUCGUGAACAGCCAGAGGCGGCUGUUAUUCAGCAGCAGGACAGUUAACCACAUGUACCGUUAAUAAACCAGCCAGUUCAUCGGCAUCCUUUCAGUCUUGUUGUCUUUAAAAACACCU